AUGUUGAAUCGCACAUUUUCCAAGUUCUUUAAUAUUAAGUUAUGGUUCUACAUAUCUCUAAGACACAAUUCAUCAUAUAAACCUAACAAAUCUUCUCAUGAGAUACGAAAACGCUUUUUAGAUUAUUUUAACAAAGAAAACGAUCAUGUAUUUGUUAGAUCUAGCCCCAUUGUGCCAUACUGUGAUCCUACAGUACCUUUUGUAAACGCAGGGAUGAACCAAUUUAAAGGAGUAUUUCUAGGUUUACAACAGCCUGUUAGUACAAAAAUAGCUAACAGUCAAAAGUGUGCUCGAGUUGGUGGAAAGCAUAAUGAUUUAAAUAUAAUUGGCCAGGUCGGUUAUCAUCAUACAUUUUUUGAAAUGUUAGGUAAUUGGUCUUUUGGAGAUUAUAGUAAGAAACGAGCUUGCGAAUUGGCUUGGAAUCUUUUGGUGGGGCCUUAUAAUAUUUCACCGGAUAGAUUAUAUGUUACAUACUUUGAGGGGGAUAAAGGACACAAUUUAGAGCCUGAUGUGGAAUGUAAACAUAUCUGGAGGGAAAUAGGAGUACCUGAAGAUAGAAUUAUUCCUUUUGGCAUGAAAGAUAAUUUUUGGGAAAUGGGAAGUACAGGUCCUUGCGGUCCUUGCACAGAAAUUCAUAUAGAUCAUUUAUCUACAUCGGCCAAUAGAAGAGAUCAUGUUAAUAAAGAUUUUGGGGAUCUUACUGAAUUGUGGAAUAUUGUUUUUAUACAAUAUAAUAGAAUUGCUUCAGGUGCUGUCGUUCCUCUACCUAAAUGCCAUAUAGACACCGGUAUGGGAUUUGAACGUCUCGUAUCAGUCAUUCAAAAUUGCAAAACAAACUAUGACACAGAUUUAUUUGCACCACUUUUUAACACAAUUCUUAAUAAUUCUAAAUCUGCUAUUAAACCUUACAAAGGCACUUUUGGUGAAGAUGAUCAAGCUAAAUUAGAUACAGCUUAUAGAAUUUUAGCAGAUCAUUGUCGUUUGAUUACAGUUUGUUUAGCAGACGGCAUGAUACCUGAUUUAAAUCCUAAGCUCAGAAGAAUCUUACGCAAAGCUUUACUCCUGUGUGAAAAAUACUUCAACACAAAUGCUUCCUUACUAAAAGUUUUAAGCAACUCAGUAGCAGAAAUUUUGGGAGAAACGUACCCAGAAAUUGUAAAAAAUUUAAAUAAAGUACAUAAUUUGAUUCAUCACGAAGAAGAGGUGUUGCGGGCUCUUAGAUUAGACGCUAGUAAAAAAUGGCAAAAUAUUUUGAAUGAAAGUCCUGAAUUAAUAAAUUUAGAUGUAAUAGAGUUUCCAGGUUUGGUAUCAGGGUAUAAAGAAAUUCAAAAUGCUUUAACCAACGGUUCAAAAAUAUUAACAAGUGAAUUAGCAUAUAAAUUAUGUGAUACCUAUGGUUUUGAUGAAGGUGUUAUACAAAAUAUUGCGGAUAUUAAAGGAUUAUAUUUUGAUAAAAAUGAUUUUGAUAAUUUUGUCGAUAAUAAAAAGGCUCAGUCUAAACAAAUGUCUUCGCGGUAUACACAAAAAGAACUGUAUGAUUUAAUUGGUUCUUUCCAACAAACUAUUCCUACUACUGAUAAUUCUUUUAAAUAUAAUUAUAACUACGACAACAAAUAUAUUUUCCCCAAACUGCAAGCUAAAGUUAAAGCUAUUAUAGUCGACAAUACAAGUGUAAAAGAAAUUACAAAACCUUCAGAAGCCUCAAUAAUUUUGGAUAAAUCAAACUUUUAUCACGAAUCCGGCGGCCAAGAAUCCGACACCGGCAAAAUCAUCAUCAACAACGAUGUUUAUUUUGAAGUCACAUCUGUUAUUAACGUACAAAACUACAUAAUACACAAAGGCAAAUUUAUUACCACAAACAACUGCAAUUUUUGUCUAAAACUUGACAAUACAGUAUUUGCUGAAAUUGAUGGCGAACGCCGACUGAAUAACAUGAGAAAUCAUACAGGUGUCCAUUUAUUACAAGCGGCUGUUAAUAAAAUUUUGCCCCAUUGUGUAAUUGCUCAGACAUCGAGCAAAGUUUGUUCAGAAUAUUUUAGUUUGGGUUUAGCAAUUUAUGAGAUCGGAUUUAUGAAACAUAUUGAUAGAAUUGAAACACAAAUCAGGAAAAUUAUAAAUGAAGGAAUUCCCAUUGGUGUAAAUUCUAUAAAUAGUCAAAAACUGUUGGCAAUGGAUGAUGUUACACUUGUACCCGGUGAAGUUUAUCCUGAUGAUGAUAUUCGAAUCAUUGAAGUAUCAAAUGAUAAUUUCCUUUCAAAAGAAGCCUGUUGUGGUACUCACAUAUUAAAUACAAAACACUUAGAAGAAUUUUCCAUAACAAAAUUCCAGAAUUUAUCAAGAAGUAAUAUGGUUUUUAUGAAAAUAAAGUUGAAACACUACAAAAACGCAUCACCGAAAACACACACAACAAAAUCCUGCAUCAAUGAAUUAAAAUCUGAAAUAAACAACACUACUCUAUCAUACGUAACAAAAAUGCAAUCUCUAGAAAUAAUAGAUGAUUUAAUAAAAUCAUCCAAUCAAUUCCAAUAUCAGAAUCUCAAAGAUUUCAUAGACGUCGAAAUGAAAGAUGUUAUGGAUUCUCUAAAAGCAAACAAAGGGUCAUUCCUGGUACACAAUUUAAUAUGUGCCUCUUUAAUGGAGAACGUUAAAUUAGAUAAAGUUACUAGAUAUUGCAAAGAUAAACCUGUUAUCAUAUUUUCCUACUCGAAUGGUUAUGUGAAAGCUAGAUGUUGUGUGCCAGAGGAUUGCACAAGUGAAAGUUUUAACGCACAAAAGUGGUUGAAAAUAUCUGCUGAUAUAUUUAAAGCUCAUGUUGGUCCACCGAAAGGCCAAAAUGAAAAUUUUAUUUGUAAUAUGAAAGCAAAGAAGAUUCUGGAGCCUGAGUGGUAUGAUUUGUUAGAAAAAGCUGUGCAAUUAUCGAAUGAAUAUGCUAAAGUACAUAUUAAUAAAUAG